AAUUACUGUUUAUCGUCUUCUCUCUCUAGAAAAGAUCCCCAAAUUAAUUUUUUCAACCGGCAAAGCCCUAAUUUCUCAAAAUCCCUCCAAUGGCGCCGGAUCCGAUUAAAUCAAACAAACCGGGAAUUAUAAAAUCAGAGACAGACCAGAAAGACUCAAUGAAAGAGAGAGAAUCGAAUAAUUUAUGGGUAGGGAACAUAUCAAGAGAUGUAACAGAAUCAGAUCUAAUGAAAUUGUUUGCGCAAUACGGUUCGAUUGAUAAUGUAACGACGUAUACAGCAAGAAGUUAUGGGUUUGUUUACUUUAAACGUGUUGAAGAUGCUAAACAAGCUAAAGAUGCCUUACAAGGGACUUCUCUUCGUGGAAAUCAGAUUAUAAUCGAGUUUGCUAGACCGGCCAAACCUAGUAGGCAUCUAUGGGUGGGUGGAAUAGGCUCAUCAGUUUCUGAGGAAUGGCUGGAAGAAGAGUUUCUCAAGUUCGGUAAAAUUGAGGAUUUCAAGUUUCGUAGAGAUCAAAAUACUGCAUAUGUUGAGUAUUUCAAACUGGAAGAUGCUUCCCAAGCCAUGAAAAACAUGAAUGGAAAGAAAAUUGGUGGUGAUCAGUUACGUGUGGAUUUCCUUCGAACACAAUCCUCAAGAAGAGAACAAUUACCCGACUUUCAUGAUUCAAGACAGGAUCAGUUUUCAGCAACACAUUAUGGAGUAAGACGACCUCAGAUACCUAAAUCUCCAGGGGAGCGGAAAGAUGGCCAACCCAGCAAUAUUUUGUGGAUAGGAUAUCCUCCUUCUGUGCGGAUUGAUGAACAAAUGAUACAUAAUGCCAUGAUUCUUUUUGGUGAGAUUGAGAAAAUUAAAAGCUUUCCUUCGAGGCAUUAUUCAUUUGUGGAAUUUAGAAGUGUUGAUGAAGCCCGGCGUGCCAAAGAAGGCUUGCAAGGGCGGCUUUUCUGUGAUCCUCGUAUCACAAUUACGUUCUCAAGUAGUGGACUGGCACCUGGGAAAGAGGACUCUGCUUUUUAUCCUGGAGUUGAAGGUCGUAGGCUGGAAAUGUUUAACAAACAUUCUUUUGCGCCUAUGGACAUCAUGUUUGAUCAACCUGGUGGGCCAAGAAAUUUUCCUGGUCCAUUUCCACCCAGUGGCAUUCAUAGACCGAACCUGCCAGUAUGGCCUUUUGGUCCUCAAGGUGUUUUUGACCCUAUACUUCAAGGUGGAGAACAUAAUGAUUUGGCUCCAUCACAUAGCGACCGAGAUCCUGCAUCUGGGAUCCUCCCUUCUCCUGCUUCAGGUAUCAGGCCACCCAUGAGGUCAAUUUCUAGUGGUUGGGAUGUGCUUGAUCCAAGCCAGUUUCCUAGGGACGCCAAGCGGUCAAGGAUUGAUUCUGCACCGUCUGUUGAUGAUGAUUCUUUUCCUGCUAGAAAGAUGGGUGAUCGUGAUUUGGGUUUGGACAAAGCAUAUGGGCUAGGUCCUAGAGGUGCAUAUCCAAGUUUCCAGGGGAAUAAUAGUCUUAGUCCAGUUGGUGGUAGGCUUAAGGGUCAUUUUGAUGAUGAUUUCAUAUGGCGUGGGAUUGUGGCCAAGGGUGGAAUGCCUGUAUGCCAUGCCCGUUGUGUCCCUGUAGGAAAAGGGAUAGAAUCAGAGAUACCUCCUGUCAUAAAUUGCUCGGCAAGGACAGGGCUGGAUGUGCUGGCUAAACACUAUGCUGAGGCAAUUGGGUUUGACAUUGUUUUCUUCUUACCAGAUAGUGAGGAUGAUUUUGCUUCCUAUACGGAAUUUUUGCAUUACUUGGGUUCGAAGAAUCGAGCUGGUGUAGCAAAGUUUGAUGAUGGGACCACUCUAUUUCUCGUGCCCCCAUCAGAUUUCUUAAAGAAUGUGUUGAAAGUUGCAGGACCUGAACGCCUGUAUGGUGUAGUACUCAAGUUGCCGCAGCAGGCCCCUAACAAUAAAUCAAUGCAGCAACAAUUGCCUCAGCCCAUCCAUUUUUCUCAGUACACGAACAAUCAGAUUUCACCACCAGAAGCUGACUAUAAUUUGCUCCAUCAGCAGGAGGAGCAAGUGAUGUCAAUCCAUCAUAAUAGGGUUUUGCAUGAGGAUUCAAAGCUUCCUUCAAAACCAAUUUAUCCGUUGACAACAGUGUCCCACGCAGUGCUGCCAGUCCCCCAAGAAUAUGCCUCAAAUCACAGUGCAGCACCGUCCUCUGCUGGAUUUUUGACACCUGAUCUUAUUGCUACUCUUUCAACUUUACUGCCUGCCAAUAAGCAGUCUAGUUCAGAAAGUAACCAACCAGAAUUGGGCUCUCCUAUUGUCAGGCCACCGUUUUCUUCAGUUAUCCCUGACAAAGGAACUUCCUCUCAGGGAUGGAAGCAUGAUAAUCAAGUUUCUGGAAAUACAAGUCAUUUACAAUUUGGGAACCACUUGAAUUAUCAGUUGCAGGUUCAGUCUCAGUUCCAGCCUAGCCCAUCUGUCCCCAGCACAUAUAGUCAUUCAACAAAUGUGGUCCCUAGAAACAGUCAAAUCCAAGAUUCUACUGUCAGCCUAUCUCAUCAGAGUGCAACUCCAUCCAGGCCAUUGACUAGCUUUUCCAUGCCUUCUCAAAGUGGACAGUUUGCUUUGUCUCCACAGGUCAGCCAGCAAAAUCUGUUCGAAGUUCCUCAUAGCACUCAGAAAGGCUAUGGGGUGGUCCAUGGAACAUAUGUUAUGGAGCCGUACAGUCCAUCAGUUAUUCAGAAACCUAAUGAUACUGAUACCUUGUUUUGUCAGGUUCAGGGCACAAAUUUUUCCCAGACCCAAUCUGGGAUCCCACCAUCUGCAGACAGAGGGAAUGGGGAGCUUCCCAGUCAAGUGCAGCAAUUCCAACCUGCUCUUUCUGUAUCUGGGCGGGGUAUCUCAGAGGCUGAUAAGAAUCAGAGAUACCAGUCAACGCUGCAGUUUGCAGCCAACCUCCUGCUCCAGCUACAGCAGCAGCAGAAUACCAGCAACCCUGAUGCACAUGGAUCUGGGAAUCAGCAAUGAGUUUUCUCUUAAGAUCUGCUGUGAUUGUCAUUUUGAUAUAGGAUAUGCUUUGAUAUAGGAAACAAAGAUGUGCAGAUAAGUAAAUCCAUGGAAGUGCUUGUACAUUGAUUUUGAUAUAGUAAAGUUAGAUGUUGGGAAACAGAAUUGUCAUGGCUGUUUUGAGGAGCUUGAGUUUUUUUUUAAGGUGCCCAGGAAGAGAUGACUUGCUUGGGUUAGAACUUAAUUAUCGGAGUUCUAUUUGAUAUUUUGAUGAUACAAGGGAUUUGAUUCAGGAAGAAAUGGCCGAUUUAUUCAUGGACCCAUCCUUGUGUCUAUUUCUCUCCCAUGCUACAAGUAUUGGUAGUUACAGUUCAAACACUAUAGAAUUUUGUCAAAGAGAGGCUAUUCAUGUUGGUCAACUGUCUGUCGUAGUUAUUUAUCUAUGUAGCAUUUCCUAUCCAAGCUCUCUGGACCAACAAUUAUGACAGUAAUGGCAA